ACAAACUAAUUUCCUUAUCUCUAUAUCUUUGAAACCUGCUGGUGAAUAACUUCGACUAUUUGUAUUACUAGAACUUAUAUUUUAAUAUAUAUAAAAGGUCUAUAUACGACAACAGGGUAAAAACGAUGUAUUCAGUUCGUCUAACAAAAAUUGCAUGAACAAUUUAAAAAAUUCUAAUUUUUGAAUAAUUAAGUCUGUAUCCGAAGUAAAAACCCUAUUGCAAUAUGAGCAGAGGUUCUUUAACCAAGCUGUUGAAGCACUAGAUGUAUUCUCAACCUUAACAAAGGUGUUUGAGGAUUAUAUUGAGAGUUAUAAAGAAAUGGGAAUACAAACAUGGGAUGAAAAAAAGAUGGAGGAUCCCGUAAAGGCGUAUUUGCUGAUAAGACAUACUGCUCUAGGUUGGGAGAGUGUUCACUUGAAACUUGUUGAAAAUAUUGAGAAAAUAAACAAAGUUAUCAGAGGAGUAGAAUUGAGAGAGAUGGAAAAACUGCCAGAUAUGAGGGAUCUAGAGGGAGCUGCAUUAGGUUUAGGCCGGUUAGUUUCGUACUAUGGACAAGGACAAGACAACCAGGAUUCUAGUUUUGUGUCAAAAUUGAAGGAACUGAAUUCUUUUGACCUUGCAAUUGCGGCGGCACAAUCUGCAAAUCAGGAGGAGCUAUAUGAUGCCGCGUAUGAUUAUAUGACCAUGCUGGAGCAAAGCAUAAAGAUGGCGGACCAAAAGGAUACACAAUUACUUCAGAGUCUGGGAUUUUCUAUCUCAGAUAUCCCAGGGUAUAAGAAAUCUAUUGGGACAGCUCAUGACAAUAAGCUAAGAAAAGGAGGCGUUAGAUCAGGAUUGAAGCAUCAACAAAUUCUUAGUAAAACUACAAUCAAUCAACCAGUUCAGGAGAUCACUGACCUACCCAGCUACCAGACUGUAGAGAGACGAGGUGCUAAUCUUCUUACUCAGAUUGCUGAGAGACAAAUGGUUGAGCUGUGUAGAAUGAAAAGAAGAAGAAUUUCCUCAACUAAUCUUAAAUGUAGUUUUAUAUCUACAGAUUCUAUACAGACUUUACUUGCCCCGUUUAAAGCAGAAGAGGUGCACAUGAACCCUGACAUUGUCAUUAUCAAGCAGAUUUUUAGUGAAGUUGAAUGUGAAGAAACUAAAGAGAAUCUGAAAACUAGGAUUCAAGAUCAACAAGGUUCUGAAAGGAAAGGAAAGGACUGGAGUAUGAAGAAUGUGUGGAUGAAUGAAUCUGAUAUCAUCUGUUAAGGUUCUGAAAGGAAAGGAAAGGACUGGAGUA